AUAUGGUCAUAGUGAGCUGAGUGAUUUUUAUCAAAUUCAAGAUGAAUUUGGUAAUUCAAUUGUGCAAUUAUCAUUACAAAAUACUAUGAAACUAAAUUUACUAGAAAAAUUUGGUGUAGCAAAUUUGUUGGGAUCAAUUUCCUUGCAACGUCAAGAAGAUGUUGAUAUAUAUUAUUCUGAUGCAACAAGAAAUGUUCAAUCACCUGAACCAAACACUUAUGAUCUUGUAGCAUUUGAUGCAUCAAGAGCUAGAGAUAGAGGAAUUGCAUUAUAUAAUGAUGUUCGUCAGGCAUAUGGUUUAAAAAAAAAAGAUACAUGGGCAGAUAUAACUUCAGUUAAAGAAAUACAGGAUAAUCUACAAAAAUUGUAUCCUAAUGGACCUAAUCAAUUAGAAGCUUUGGUUGGAGCAAUGGCUGAAGAUCAUUUGAAUGGAACAAAUUUUGGUGAAUUAUUGAAUGCUAGUAUGGUCACUCAGUUUACAAAUAUUAGAAAUUCAGAUAGAUUUUGGUGGGAAAACAAAGAGAAUAACUUGUUUACUGAUGAAGAUAGAACCACCAAACUUAGAAAUAAAACAACAUUUAGAGAUAUUAUUUUACGUAAUUUAGAUGAAAUUUUUCGUCCAGCAAUCCCACAAAAUAUUUGGUCAGUUCAACCAAAGCAGAAAUUGUUUGAGUCAUCAAAAUACCUUAAUCGUAUUGCUUUAUGGCCAGCAGCAUAUGUUGUUGGUUAUGAAAUAAUUGGAAAUCAUAUUAAUUUCCAAGUUCAAAUACUAACUACAGAUGGUAAUGCAUGGUUUGGAAUGGGAUUUGAUCCUGAUAAUAAUGGAAUGACUGGAGCAGAUUUUGUGAUUGGAAUU